GCCCAAUAAAAAACGUGACCUAUUCGACCUCUUUCCUAUAAGGAGUGUGAACUGUGAACCAAAGUUAUCCGUUUUAUAAGCACAACAUCUACUGGGAAAAAAAUUCACAAAUCGUGAAAUCGUCAAACUUGGAUUUCCUGUUCGUGCGCAGAUUCCAGGAAUCCUAUUCCGAUACCACCACCGCAUUCCAGCAGCCAGUUUUUCAGAUUCUGUUACAUAUACGAUCUUAUCUGCUAAACCGAUCGGUCAGAAUUUCAGAACCGCUUUUGCCGAUGGAGGAAGACGACCUUUGUACCAAGGAUGGAACUCUGGAUUAUCGAAACCGGCCUGCAAACAAGACUAAAACCGGCACCUGGAGAGCCUGCCCUUUUAUCCUCGGGAACGAAUGUUCGGAGAGAUUGGCUUAUUAUGGAAUGAGUUCGAAUCUCAUGAUUUACUUCCAGACUCGUCUGAACCUUUCGAACAUUAGCGCUUCUAAGAGCCUCUCGAAUUGGUCCGGCACUUGCUACGUCAUGCCCCUCGUCGGAGCUUUUCUCGCCGACGCGUACCUCGGGAGGUACUGGACCAUUGCCAGCUUCUCCAUCAUCUACGUUAUUGGGAUGACUCUGUUGACGCUAUCAGCAUCCGUUCGUGGCAUCAGCCCAACAUGUACAGCACAAGACAAGUGCUAUGCAACAGGGUCACAAACGGCAGUGUGUUUUGUCGCACUGUACCUGGUGGCACUAGGGACUGGUGGGAUCAAGCCGUGCGUCUCCUCGUAUGGUGCGGACCAGUUUGAUGAUGCUGAUGAGAAAGAGAGGAAGCAGAAGAGUUCCUUCUUCAAUUGGUUCUAUUUCUCCAUUAACAUUGGGGCGCUCGUAGCUUCAUCGUUGAUCGUUUGGAUUCAAGAAGACGUGAGUUGGGCAUGGGGUUUCGGUGUUCCUGCAGUGGCAAUGGCAGUUGCGGUUGGCUUUUUCUUCUCGGGGACUCGUUUGUAUCGUUACCAAAAGCCCGGGGGCAGCCCUUUGACACGGCUGUGUCAGGUUAUUGUGGCUUCCUUGAGAAAACGCAAUGUCAAGGUGCCUGCUGAUGAAACUCUUUUGCAUGAGACAUCUGGCACUGAAUCUAACAUUAAAGGGAGCCGUAAGCUUGGCCACACUAAUGAAUUGAGGUUUUUCGAUAAAGCAGCUGUGGCGGUGGGAUCAGAUGACAAGAAGAGAUUGGUUAGUCCAUGGAGACUAUGCACGGUGACACAGGUGGAGGAGCUCAAGUCAAUCAUCCGCCUACUCCCAAUAUGGGCUACGGGCAUAGUGUUCAGCACAGUCUAUGGCCAAAUGAGCACACAAUUUGUGUCACAAGCUGAAGGAAUGAACACCAAAGUAGGAAAGUUCAAGAUCCCCGAGGCAUCACUUAGCGUUUUCGACACAAUCAGUGUCAUCAUUUGGGUCCCAAUUUAUGACAAGCUUAUAGUCUCGUUGGCGAGAAAAUUCACAGGUCACAAAACGGGCCUUACCCAUCUCCAGAGAAUGGGGAUUGGGUUGUUCAUAUCAAUUCUAGCCAUGGUUUCAGCGGCUGUGUUGGAGAUGGUGAGGCUUGCAAUGGUGAAGAGAGACAACCUUUAUGAGGUUAAGGAAAUACCCAUAUCGGUUUUCUGGCAAGUGCCGCAAUACUUCAUAAUUGGAUGUGCCGAAGUGUUCACAUUCAUAGGACAGUUGGAGUUCUUUUAUGAUCAAGCCCCCGAUUCAAUGAGAAGCUUGUGUUCUGCCCUUUCUCUUACAACCACCGCUAUUGGGAACUAUUUGAGCAGUUUCCUUGUCACCAUAGUUACAGACAUUAGUACGAGGAAUGGAAAGCCCGGGUGGCUGGCCGACAACCUUAACUAUGGCCACCUGGAUUACUUCUUCUGGCUUCUGGCUGCGCUAAGCGCACUAAACUUGGGAGUUUUUGUCGCCGUGGCAAAAAUAUAUACAUACAAAAAGGCGAUUAAUAGGGACUCCGACCUGGUUGAAGCUGACUGCUGAUAAUUGUAUCCCUUAAUUAAGCAUCGUCCUUUCUCCGUGUUUUAUGUACAGACUCUUAUUGGUUGUUUUAAUCUAUAUGAAGUGGAAAAACAAUUAUCACAGAUGUCAAGUUGGUUUGAACUUUACUAGAUUUUGCCGUAUUAAAGAUAGCUUUCCUUUUGUUCUGUUUAUUGUUUCUACCAAAUGGGUGAGAAAAAAAUGAAUAAAAAUAACAUGUGGGUAUUGUUCUUCCUUUUUGUCCCAGAAUUGGUU